ACCAAAGCUGACAUUAUUCAAGAAAAAUUAUCAAUACCACCAAUUCAUGUCAAAAGGAACAUAUCUGGAAAUUUAUAUUUUGGGCGAUAUCGAUGGAAAAACAAAAAAGCUGAAUACCCAAUUCUAUCUUCAUUAACAUACCAGUAUUUGGGAAUUUCUUCUACAUCAGUACCUAAUGAAAGCCUUUAUUCU